CUUCGAUCGCCAACUUCACUUCAUACGAAUGAUCGGUGCCAAUGCGAUACAUAUCGGUUUGGCGGACGAGCCUUGCCUUAUGGCGCCGCUUUCAAGCGCGGUUUUGUUCCUCUUCACUGGACUCUUCGCUAAAAAAGUCUAUCGGUAACCGAUUUCUGGCUUUACUUUUGCUUCACACUUGCACUACUCAGUUUCGCAUAUUUGUUGACAAAAUCAGCAGUGUUCACAUAAGCGUUGCAGCCGUAGCAUUGGCAACGGGCUUACCGCUACAGAAUAAACCCGCUUUUAAAAAAUUUCAAUCCUUUCGCAUGUUUUAUUGUGAUUGACUUUUCUAAUCGCACAAAUGAACAACCCUGGC